AAUCUGAAGAGCAUUGAUCUUUACCCUUCAUUGCAAUGUACUUGUUCGCGUAUAUUUAUGGCAGGGGUGUGGCUAAUUUGGAAAAGGAGGUGUGGUGGUAUUUUGAAUCCUGCGGAGAAAGUCAUGGAUGGAGAGGAACUGUUGCGUAUGGUGGAGGCCUCAGUUCGAGAACUCAAUCAAGCCUUUCCAUGGCCGGGGAUUGCCGGUGCCGGUGAGUUAAUCCGAGAUGAGAAUGGGAGGGUGGAUAACGUUAUGCUCCAUCUGGGGUUCGAAUACAGUGGCAGAGCUACAAGGACUAAGGCAGGGGCUAGAGAAAAGAAGCUUCGACCUCUAUGGCAAGAAGAUAUGGGACCGAAACCCUGUUAUGUCAAGGAGCAGGGCUGGGAUAGUCUCUCGUUCCUGAACGAACUCGUCGAUGGUUCCAUAGUUCUUAACCAGGGGAAAUCAAAGAACAACACUUGUGAGAGUCUUCCAGCUCCCCUUGGGUCUCCUCUCUUCGUCAAUGCUUUUAGGCUGCUUUCGAAACAUUCUUCAUCGACAGGGAACAAACGAAGCGAAGUGAAGUCAUAG